UAGUCGAUAAGGAUUUAGCCCACUGUAGACUUGCGCACAGAACUGUUUGUGGUGACUGAGCGAGAAAUCCCACGCCAGGCACCUAUGAGGAUGUCAUUUUCGAAGUCCUAUCUCUUCGUUUACAAUUCCCUUCAGGCCUUUGGAUGGACAAUUGCUUGUUUUAGAGUUUUCAGCAGUUUUGUUUCCACCCAUUCUCUCAAUGGAGCUUAUGCUUCUGCUGGAGAGCUUAUCUUUUUCUUGCAAAUUGUUGCAUUCUUGGAAGUUAUACAUGGAGCUCUGGGUAUUGUUCCAAGUGGAGUGUUGUUCCCAUUUAUGCAGUGGGCAGGAAGAACGCAUUUUCUGUUCUUUGUUCAUAACCUUGUUGAGGUCCAGGAGUUGCCUUCAAUUUUUAUAACCUUUUUAGCUUGGUGCCUAUCUGAGGUAAUUAGGUAUCCACAUUAUGCUUUGAACAGCAUUGGAAAUUGUCCAUCUUGGAUCACUUACCUAAGGUACACCACAUUUAUUGUUAUAUAUCCUAUUGGGCUUGCUCCUGGUGAAAUGUGGCUCAUGUACCAAGGACUUCCAUUUGCAAAGAAGAAUAAUCUCUAUGCUGGUUUCUUUGCUGCUCUCCCAUUCAGCUAUUAUGACUUUGUUAGGGUUGGGCUUGUAUUCUACCCCUUCCUCUGGUUCAAUCUUUACCUGCAUUUGCUAAAGCAACGGCGAUCUAAAUUGGGUAAACACCAUGAGAAGAAGAAGUGAAUAUUCGAGUUAUUCAGAGUACAUGCAUGAAUGGGGCAAAAACUAACAAAUCUCAAGUAUAGAACCUCUGGUAUUAUUUGUGUGCAUGAGAGAUGAUUUGAGCAAACAUUAUGUGGUGUGUAAAGUAAUCAAUUGAUCUUAUUUCAUCUUCAAAUAAAUAUCUUCUUCCUCUUA